AUGAUCAAGGCAAAGUGUGUUGUAGUUAUAGUUAUGUAUCAGAAAACACGCCUAAGUUGUGUUAUAAUUGGCGUGGAUGAAGAACGGCGCGCGAGCGAAAAUUACGUCAUGGUGUGUUACUAUGACACGCAACUUAAUCCAUCAAAGCAUUUACGUCAUAUUCAAACAUCUGUUCGUAAAGUUUUAAAGUGGUUCUGUGAUCUGUCUGCUCCGCGACGUGUAGAAUUUGUCUGUGGUAUCUUACAAUUAUCUACUCCACCAGAAUUACGAUUCUACGGCAGUUGUUUGGAGGAGAUUGCUCGUCAUGAUUACGAGAGUCUUUUUGAUGCUGAAGUACAAGCAAAUGCACCUAUAAAUAGUUAUGGAGUUUUAACACUUUAUAAUACAUUACCAUUGAAACCUGAUGUUACUACAAUGAAUAAGUCAUUUUCAUCGAUUAUCCCGCCCUCAUUUCUCAUGCUAAAUACUAGUCCAAUAUUACGAGCAAAACUUAUUCUUAGUCUUUCAUUGCUUAAAUCGACGAAUAUCCCUGGAGCUACAUGUUACUUUGAAGCCCUAAUGGCUGAUGAUGUUGAUUAUAAUGAAUAUGAUGCCUAUUUACUGACAGAUGUUAAACCAUCGUCAACUGCUGUUAAUUGGCUAAAAUCAAAGUGGAAAUCAUCCAAAAGUGUAUGCAUUUCACCAUCAGAUGAUAGCGAUAUUGACGACGACGACGUCGACAGCAAUGAUGACGGUGAUAACAGUAAUAAUAAUAAUGAUAAUAAUGAUGAUUAUGAUUUGUCUGCAGUUGAGGAUGCCUUAAAGACAAUUAGUCCACAAGUAUUAGAAGAGAUUAUGCUCAUUUAUACAUUAGCUGCAUUUCAUCCCGCAUUUUCAUUUAGUCAAAGACAACGUUUAUAUAAUCGUUUAUCUCUUAUCAGAGCAUUAUAUGAUUAUUCAACAAAGGUGUUGAUGCCUCAACACACUAAUCAGUGUGGAAAUUUAAAUCAAUCUACUCAUGUAUCUAAUAAUAAUAAUAAUACUACAUGCAGAAAAUUGUCCUCAGAAUCACAAUCUUCAUUAUCAAAUCUUAAACAGUAUUGUUCUGUUACGAAAUCAAGUGUUCCCGUAGAUUCUGUAGCCAAGCACGUUUCUUCCUCUGGUGACCGGCGUUCAUCAAUCCAAGAUGACACCGGUGGUAAUCCCUGUACCGGUCGUGCCGGUUGCGGCAUCUUACUUUGCCAUUCCCCCAAAUGCCACUAUUCAGCCUCUGUUGUAGAACAACGUCAUCGACUGCGUCGUCAUAGCUUACCGUCAGAUUGCCUAUUACUACUACCACCACCACCACCACCAAUUGGUGGAAAUGAGGGUCAAGUUGGUGAAAAUAGUAACAAAAUACAAUCUACUGAAAAUCAAAUUCCCCUUGUUAUAGACUCAUCGAAAACGGAUGCUCUAGAUGUAGCCUCUAUAACAACAGGUGCACAGACUGAUUCAUCACCUAUGGAUAAUAGACCACCAGAUGAAUCUAUUGAAUUAUCAUCAUCCGGUCAAAGAAAUCCUCCUCCAUUCAACAGCAGCAGCAAUGACAAAGUUGCCAACACUAGGAGUAAUAGCAGUAGUCGUCGUAAUUUUGAUGAUGGAUUUGUGAUGAACGCACAAAACUGUCGUGAUGGUAAUGAUGAUAAUACUAGUAAUAAUAUUUAUCCUAAAACAGCACGUUCCCUCUCUUGUCGAGAAUAUAGUAGCAACAGUAGUAGUGGUUGUGGUGGUGGUGGUGGAGCUGGAGAGGAGGAGAAGGCUGGUGAUGAUGAUGUCGAGAAUAACAACACUGUCGACUUCCCCGACUCGAAUUAUCUGAAAGAAGUUCACCUUUGGUUAAAUAAUCCAGAUCGUUCUGUUGUAAUUCCUAGUGGUGAUCGCCACUCCUACAUCCCUUCAUCGAAUACACUGCCAACUAAGUCAUCCUCGAUAAGUUUAUGCGCAUUAUCUAAUCACACGUCUAUGUCAUCGGUUCUAUCAUCAUCGAAUAGUCAGUCAACGUCUAAAUUGCAUAUAGCUCAAGAGAGUGGGAAUUGUAAACAACCGAGGGAAGAGGAGAAGGAGCAGCAACAGCACCAACCGCCACCACCACCACAACAACAAAAACAGCCAUCCCAGCAACAACAACAGCAAAAGAGGAAGAGAAGGAAAAAAGCGAAUUGUUCAAAUCAAGUACUGACAAAUAGUAGUGGAGGUGUUGCUGGUGUCAGUGGCGGUGACAUUGUUGCUGGCAGCGGUGGUGGUGGUGGCACCAGCAACAGUAAUAAUCGUCUUGACUCGUCAGAUGAUUGUCAGUCGUCUCUUGGUGAAUCUUGUACAAAUACAACAGACACUUUAACUGCUUCUGAUGGACCAUCAGUUUACAAAAAUUUGCUUCGAUCAUCUGUCGAUUCAGUGACCUCAGUGCCUUCGGCCAAUCCUAGUAGUAGUUCAGUAACUGAUCCAAUCUAUUCUGAAUCUUUGUGUUCGUCUUCAUCGACACCUCAUAAUAAUAAUAAUACCAACAACAACAGACGGAUCAAUCCAACAGGAUCAGAUUCACUAUUUUCUUUCCCUUCUGAAAAGUGUACAAAAACGAUAACAGAAUAUUGCCGUUUAGUUCCAAAGCGCCAUAGUUCCGGUUCUUCACCAAUCUCUACACCACCAUCGGAAGAAAGCAGUUCUGAUACAACUGCGUUAAAAGCACCUUCACCAGAAUAUUGGACAUUGAAGAAUUCUUCACGUUACACUCAUGGAAUAUGGAAUAAUAAUAAUAUUAAUAAUCAUAAUAGUAAUCAUAAUAGUAAUCAUAAUAAUAAUAAUACAGCAUAUCAUGAUUUACACAAUCGUCAUACAUUCCAACCGGGGGCGAAUAAUUAUCAUCAUCAAUAUUCACAAACUAAAAUCAUUCCAGCAUCAUCAUCAUCAUCGAUUAAUCGACAGUCUAAUAAAUUAUCUAAUAAUUGUAGUAUGACAAUGGCUGCUGCUGCAUCAUCAUCGUCACAUUCCACCAAUGUAGUAAGACCAGUAACAGCAUCAUCUGAGCGUAAAUCUCAAUUCACUCUGGACGAUUUUCCUUCUCUGUCAUCGUUACGUUCUGUGGUGGUCAGUGCAGAGUCAUCCAGUGUUGUUUCAACUAAGCAUAAUAAUAAUAAUAAAGUAGUUCAUACGAAUAACAGUCAAAAUAAUAGUAGUACUAUCAGCAUCAGUAGUAGUAUCCAUGGUGUCGAUAGAAACAGCAAUGCAAUCAAUAAUAUUAUAGCUACUUCUAUUCCUCUAUCCUCCUCUGGUGAAUUGUCAGCAGCAUCGCUGCCUCUUGGAAAGUGCUUCAAUAAUCAUCAGUCCAACUUGAAGGAAAGCAAAGAUGCCACGUUUCAGCUGAAAAAUAACUUGGAUGCCAGUGAUGGUGAUACUGCUCCUCCUUCUACUACUGCAGCUAAGCAGACUUCAUUGAAUCCUCGUGACGAAGUAUUGUUGAACAACAACUCUCAGUUGAUAAGUGCAGCAACACAUAGUGGUACAAUCAAUGAUAUGCCUGGCAUAUCUCGUCUGGUUAAUACUUCUGCAACUGGUAAUACGAAUAAUAAUAAUAAUUUCACUGUCUCACCACCACAUUAUUGGAUUUCACCACAUGGUCCUAUACCUAUCCUACCGUCAGCAUUAUACCCACCGUCAUAUCUUUUGCCUUCAUCACCGAUAGUCUUAGAUAAUUCCCAGUCUGUACAUCGUUUGCCUAUGAUAUAUCAAUGGGCAGUACACCCGUGUAGCAGUUCUACUAAUACUACUACUACUAAUACAACCAUUGCUACUAAUCCGACCAGCAAUAAUAGUAAUCAUAGUAAUCAUGUCGGUGCAUCUUUAAUACCUUAUUUACCGUCAUGUGUUAGUAUUGUUACAACUAGUGCUGCUGCUUCUGCUAUGCACAAUAAUGUUGGUAUAAAAUCUGAAAAAGGCAAACCUAUCGAACAUGUUGGUGGUGCAUUUUCACAAGAAUCAUCUGAUGAAGAAGAAGAAGAAGAAGCAGAGGUUAAGAAAGUAUCGAAAAAUACAGUCUGUCCAGUGAGUACUAGUAGUAGCGGUAAUAGUGGUGAAUUAUCCAUAGUUUCUUCUAUUAGUACUUCUACUUCUACUGCUGUGGAACUUCUUCACAGUAUUACAACAACAACAACAGCAACAUCCAUGUCAUCGACAAUUGAUUUGUGCACACAACCAUGCAUUUUACUACUGCCAUCAUCGUCAUCAUCAGUAUCAACAUCUUCGUGUUCCACACCAAUCUCGGUUAUUGUUUCUAGUGCUGCUGCUACUGCUUCUGCCAUCUACAGUACAGUUCCUCAAUCUACUUUUGACAAAUCUACAAAUCUUACAACUUCAAGUUUAUCUAAACCUUCUAGUGGAAUAAAGAUGACAUCCUCAGCAUCAUCUUCAUCGGUGUCAUUGGUUCCGACAACUCCACUGACUGCUUGCAGUGGUAAUUCUUGGAGUACUAAUAAAAUUAACAAUAAUACUACUAGUGAUAGUAGUAGUAAUCAUAGUAAUAAUGCACCGGUGAAACGUUUGAAUGAUGAAUUGGAUUUAGCUGUUGUCAAUAAAACACAAGGGGGGAAGACAACAAAGCAUAGUUCAUUUACUCGUCCUGUGUCGUCGUUAUCCACACCAUCUAUUAUUUGUAUGACUACUACAAGUGAUAUCGUUGCUCCUUCGAUUGUUGGUACUACUACUGCUACAACUACAAUGGCAACAAAGAUGGUAAUGACGACGACAACUACUUCUACUACUGCUGCUGUAUUCCUGCCAACCAGUAAUGUGACCAUAUUGUCUCGAAAUCAUUCAUCGAACAAUUUGUCGUCCCAACUGUCAAAUCACUGUAAUCAAAAUGGUGUUUCCACUGCAGUUGGUGGUGGUGAUCGUCCUAAAGAUCCCGGAGUAGUAAAUUCUGUUGCUAACGAUGAAUCAUCGACGCCAUUUACUACUGCUACUGCUACAGUUAAACCUGGUCUUGCAUUGAGUGCUAACAACGAAACUCCUUGUCAUCCAACUUGGUUCUAUCCACGUUUUCCUGCUCGAUCUGAUUCUGUAAAUACUUUAACCUGCAGUAGUAAUCAUAAUAAUAGUAGUAAUGGUCCCACUCAACAACGUGUCUAUCCUACUCGUGGUUAUUCUCCAAUGAUUUUCAAUCAUACUGGUAGUUUACCUCGAGGAUAUAUUCAACCACAGAUUGCAAAUACAUUUUACUAUGCUGCUCAACCGUCAGGAUUGACUUUAAUCCCUACAGCACCACCAUCGGUCUCCGGCAGUCAUCAAUCAUCAUAUAUCACUUCUGUUCAUAAUAACAAUAAUAAUAAUAAUCCUAAUGUGCAUUUUCAACAUCCACCGCCUAUAUACGGUUUUAUUCCUAACGUGCCGACGUCAUCAGGUGUAUCCUUAGUAGAUAUUGGCGGAUAUAUUGGAUUGACUCCAGUCUCUUCUGUUGCCUCUUUGUCUACUUCCAAUUCUCCGAAAUCGAAUAUUUGUGGUGGUGGUACACUGAUGAUUGAUCCUAUGUCAACAACAUCAUCAACGACGACAACAGGAGCAGCAGCAGCAACAGCAACUAUAUUACCAAAUGGUUUAUUUCAAUUACAAAGUGUUCCACUAGUACCAAACUUUAUAUUACAUCCACCUGUACAUCCAAAUUUUCCACCUCCUGCGUCUAAUUUAACUAAUGGUACUAAUUGUUGUAAUAAUAAUAAUAAUAGUACUAAUAUCCCAGAUAUAAUGAGUAUCUCUUCACGGUCAAAUAUGAAUGGACCUAGAAUACUAAGCUGUUAUAAUUGUGGUCAACUUGGUCAUAAGGCUAAUACUUGUCCAUCAAGAUGGUCUAGUCAACCUAUAAUAGAGAAUGUGUUCUCGUUGAACUGUGCUCCAAGGAAAUAA